UCGAGCUCGACAGUGGUGUACUUUUCGUUUCGUAGGGAGGAGUCAGUCGGUAGUUUCUUUAAUAAAGUGACAUGUUUAUUGAAUUAACAGUAAUUAUACAACAUGUAUGGCAUCAUGUAUCCAUAAUGUAGUCUUUUUACGUCGUUAACUUAAAGCUGUUGAUCGGUUAUCAGAUAAUUUUCGAUAAAAAAGGUCGAAGGAAACUGUCGGAACAGGAAGGCGGAACAAGAUCACAGACUGGGUCGAACAAAUACCAAAAAACAGUCCAUAGCAAAAACUCUGCACUGGUUGUUUACACAACCUUUUGACUGCUUCCAUUUCAACAGUAAAUAAUUCACCAGAAGCAUUCAAACAAAUCGCCCGGUGCCACCACAUGCAACCAUGUCCCAUGCCCUGAAACAAGUCUUCAACAAAGACAGGACAUUCCGGCCCAAGCGCAAGUUUGAGCCCGGGACGCAGCGCUUUGACCUGCACAAGAAGGCCCAGGCGUCUCUGAAUGCAGGGCUGGACCUGAAGCAGGCCGUGCAGCUGCCCCAUGGCGAGGACCUCAACGACUGGGUGGCCGUCCACGUGGUCGACUUCUUCAACCGCAUCAACCUCAUCUACGGCACCAUCAGUGACUCCUGCACAGAUCAAACCUGUCCUGUCAUGUCCGGUGGGCCCAAGUACGAAUACCGCUGGCAAGACGAGCACAAGUACAAGAGGCCAACGGCGCUGUCAGCACCCAAAUACAUGAGCCUUCUCAUGGAUUGGAUUGAGGUACAAAUCAACAAUGAGAACAUCUUCCCUACCAACGUCGGUACUCCCUUCCCUAAGACCUUCAUGCAGGUGGCUAAGAAGAUUUUGUCUCGUCUGUUCCGGGUGUUUGUCCACGUCUACAUCCACCACUUUGACCGAGUGAGCCAGAUGGGGGCCGAGGCUCACGUCAAUACCUGCUACAAGCAUUUCUAUUACUUUGUCACUGAGUUCAACCUCACGGACCACAAAGAGCUGGAACCGCUGAAAGAGAUGACCUCUCGGAUGUGUCACUGAGGGAGUACAGCUGACCGGUGGACACGCCAGACGAACACAUCCGUCCAUGGAGAAGACUGCAGAACUAAAAGAGCAAACAAAUUCAAGAAAGAGUCUAUUUUUAUAUUUAAGUACUGUAAUCUAUUUUAGCCACAUACUGUAGGUUUUAACCUUGUCAGGUGAGGCAAUCUGUUCCUUUUAAAAAAGUUUUCAAACAUUUUAUCAGAGCACAGUAUUAAGAGGUGUAUGUUUGUGUUGAUGUUUUUCUAUUUUAUUUGAAUCUCAAUCAUUCCAGGAUGCUUUUGUCUUUCUGUCUGUCUAAAAUGAUCUAAAAUUAGUACGAUUUCUUACUGUUCAUCUAUUAAAUCACUAUGUUGUUACAUUAAAAUAAAUGAUCCUCUACUCUGUUAUAA